UCGAAGAGGAAGGAAAUGUGCAGUGGCUAGCUAGCAAUCAGUGCUUGAAAUGGUUGGGUAAUGAGUUCUGUGUCAAACGCUUGAAACAGCCUUCAGAAUAAGUGUCAUAGUUUCCGUGGCUGCUGCUUCAUAUGCGUUUUUAUAGUUGGCAUAAUUAAACAACGCCCGGCAUUUUUGUUUAGUUCUUGUUUCGAAGACCAAUGGACUACGUAUUGACAAUGCAUGGAAGGGAACUGUGAUCAGAUGAUUUGAAUAGACACACUCGGGCUGAUCAGAUAGCCUGGGGAGCUUUAUUUUGUUUAGCUAGCUAAUUAUAGCUUUGAUUUUUAACCCGAGAGCGAACAAGGACUUUGAUCACACUGAAAUACUGUGGUCAUCUAAAAUGGAAUCUUUUCAAAACGACAGGGCCUCUUUGCCCAGGAACAUGAUUGAGAACAGCAUGUUUGAGGAGGAGCCGGAUGUAGUGGACUUGGCGAAAGAGACUCCCGUGUACCCUCUGGACCCGGACGACGUGGUGUACGAACCCCGCAGCUCCAGGCUGCUGGUGCGGGGCCUGGGGGAGAACGACAUGGACGAAGAGGAGGAAGACUACGAGUCGUCGGCCCGCCUUCUGGGCAUGUCCUUCAUGAACCGCAGCUCCAGCCUGCGCGGCAACGCCUCGCCGUACACGCGGCAGGAGCCGCCGGGGGCGUGCGCCGUGCCCUCCGCUCGGACUCUGGUGGUGGGGGUGUUCAUCCUGGUGGCGGUCGCCUCCGUGGCCAUGGUCAUCUACUUCCUGCCCCGUUGCACUUUCACCAAGGAGGGCUGCCAUAAGGUCAACACCACCAUGGAGCUCAUCUACCCCAUCUCCACCAGUGGAGACCUCUUCCCCUGGACUGACCUGAGGUUGCCGGGCAGCCUCCGGCCUCUUCAUUACGACCUCUCCCUCCACCCGAAUCUGACCACAAACUCGUUCCAGGGAAGUGUCUCCAUCACAAUUGAAGCUGUGAGUGACACCAAAACGAUCGUUCUCCACAGCUCCGAUAUGGAGAUCACCAAGGCCACCUUUCAGGACACAGACGUCAAGGUGCUGGAGUAUAAACCUUGGCAGCAGAUUGCCAUCAAGCUCCCAGAGAACCUCAAGAAGGGGAAGUCAUAUGUUUUAACUCUACAGUAUAAAGCAAACCUCUCAAACAGCUAUGAUGGCUUCUACAAUAGCUCCUAUACUGACACGAGUGGUGUCAAAAGGGUGCUGGCAGCGACCCAGUUUGAACCCCUGGGUGCUCGGAAGGCCUUCCCGUGUUUCGAUGAACCGGCUUUUAAAGCUACUUUUCUAAUUAAGAUAAAACGAGAAGCUGGAUACAUCAGCCUUUCCAACAUGCCCAAGAACAACACAGUACAAUUACCAGAUGGACUCUUCCAAGAUGAAUUUGAAAAUAGCGUGACUAUGAGCACAUACCUGGUUGCUUUUAUUGUGGCCAACUUCACAAGCAUCAGCAAGAAUGUGGAUAACACUUUGGUGUCUGUUUAUGCAGUUCCAGAUAAGAUGGAUCAAGUAAGCUAUGCACUGGAAACGGGGGCAAAGCUGCUGGGAUUUUACAACGAAUUUUUUGACAUCGAGUACCCUUUAAAGAAAUUAGACCUGGUGGCCAUUCCUGACUUCCUUGCUGGAGCCAUGGAGAACUGGGGCCUAAUCACAUUCCGCGAGACGACCCUCCUGGUCGGAAAUCAGUCCUGUGUCCUCGACAAGCAGCUGGUGACGUCUGUAAUCGCCCAUGAGCUGGCACACCAGUGGUUUGGCAACCUGGUUACCAUGAAGUGGUGGAAUGACCUUUGGCUAAAUGAAGGUUUUGCAACCUAUAUGCAGUACAUGUCUAUUGAGAAAGUAUUCCCUGAACUUGAAAUUAGCAACGAUUUCUUAAGUAUGCGCUUCAGAGCGUUGGCCAAAGAUGCACUAAAUUCAUCCCACGCAGUCUCUGCUGUGGUUAAUACCCCUGAACAGGUGGCCGAAAUGUUCGACUCUGUGUCAUACGAGAAGGGCGCCUCUAUUUUGCUCAUGCUGAAUGCAACACUGUCUGAAGAGCAGUUCCGGAAAGGAGUCAUCGAGUACUUAAAGGCAUACAAGAACAAGAACACCAGAAACGAUGACCUUUGGAAUAUCCUCUCCCAGGUAGCGAAGACUUCCUACAAUGUGACAGAUAUGAUGAACACCUGGACUCUGAAGAAGGGUUUUCCCUUGGUGACGGUGACCAGAGAUGGCACACAACUGACAGUGUCCCAGGAGCACUUCCUCCUCAAGGUGGACUCUGACAACUCCAUGGCCAAGUCCAGCUACUUGUGGCACAUCCCCCUGACAUAUGUCAACGAUAGCUGCAGCAACUCCUCUGCGUGCAAACAAGUGCUGCCCCUUAAGGACAAAACAGCAACUUUGAAAAUUCCGGAAGGCGUCAAGUGGUUGAAGUUCAAUUUCAGAAACGAUGGCUUUUACAUCGUACACUAUGAAGGGGAAGGCUGGGAAGAUUUAAUUGGUGCAUUAAAAAGUAACCCAAGCGUUCUGACACAGGAAGAUCGUGCUUCCCUGAUCAACAACAUGUUUGCCCUUUCCAGACUAGGAAAGGUGAACUUCAGGCAGGUUUUGAGUCUUCUAGAAUAUAUCGGAAAGGAGACGGCAGUCGCACCUUUGACGGAGGCAUUGUUCCAAUUGGACCGUAUCUAUAGACUGCUUGAAAAAAGACAGGAAUUGGUCUCAAGAAUGAAGGGUUACAUUUCAAAUCACUUUGGAAAGCUGAUGGACAGUCAAGUCUGGGAAGAAGGAGGUUCUGUUUCCCAAAGAGAGCUAAGGUCGACCCUGCUGGAGCUUGCCUGCAGUUACGAGAGGGACAGCUGCACGCAGAAUGCCAAACGCAUCUUCGAUGAAUGGCUGGCUUCAAACGGAACGCAGAGGAUACCCGGAGACGUCAUGAGGGCCGUGUUCUCCGUGGGCGCCCAGACGGAGGGUGGUUGGGUCACCUUGCUGGAAGCCUACAAGCACUCCAUGGUUGACGCUGAGAAACGCAAGAUGCUGCAGGCGCUGGCCGGCACACAGGACAUUCGCCGAAUCCUGUGGUUGCUGAAGGCCAGUCUUGAAGGCAGCGACAUUCAGACGCAGGAGCUGCCUCUCAUCAUUAGUACAGUUUGCAAGAACUUUGCUGGCCACCUCUACGCUUGGGAUUUUGUCAAGGAAAACUGGGAUAAAAUCACACAGAAGUUUCCCAUUGGAUCUUUUGCCAUGCAGAAUAUCAUCAUUUCAGCAACCUACCAGUUCUCCACAAAGACGCACCUUUUCGAGGUAGAGAACUUUUUUGGAUCUCUUGAAGAAAGGGGCUCCCAGCUGCGGAGCGUCCAGGAGGCGGCAGAGACUAUCAAACUGAACAUCCAGUGGAUGGACAACAACCUGGAUAUGUUGAGGCAGUGGCUGUAGGCUGGCCGCUCCUGGCAUUAGCCCCUCUCUGCUUUUUACCCAAGCCCCCCCCCCCC